UUGUCCCGAGGGGGCGCUGACCCGCUCCCCCCGGGGGAGGAGUUGUUCCCGUUUCUGCGCAGCUCCGCGAACGGUUCGAGGCGUUUUGGCGCACGCCGGCCCCCCUCUUCCUCCUCCCCUUCCUCCUCCUCCAGGUGCUGUGGCGUUGCCAUGGCGUUGUCCGCUCGGACCGCGCAGGCGGCGCGGCCUGGCCGGGCCUGAGCGGCGGGAAGCCCGCAGGGCCGCAGCCUGGCCGGACACCGCCCCUGCCCUGGCCGCCUGCGGCCGCGGAGAGCAGUGCGGGCCCGCUGGCCGAGCCCCCGUCUCCUCCUUCCCCGCCGCCGCCGCCGCCUUCUCUCGAUCCCGACGUUCCGGCGGCGGCGGGAGGCGGCGGCGGGCGCCGGCUGGAGCAGGCGGUGGAGAAGAUGGCGGGGAAUGGCGGAGGCUUCGCUGGCGCCGGGAGCGGGGAGAUCAUCCAGCUCAAUGUCGGGGGCACCAGGUUCAGCACUUCAAGACAAACACUGAUGUGGAUUCCAGACUCCUUUUUUUCCAGUUUGCUGAGUGGAAGAAUUUCAACACUGAAGGAUGAAACUGGUGCUAUAUUUAUUGAUCGUGAUCCAGCAGCAUUUGCACCCAUUUUAAAUUUUCUUCGCACAAAGGAGUUAGACUUAAGGGGAGUAAGUAUUAAUGUUCUCAGGCAUGAAGCUGAAUUCUAUGGAAUCACUCCUUUAGUGAGAAGAUUGCUAUUAUGUGAAGAACUGGAACGCUCAUCUUGUGGCAGUGUCCUUUUUCAUGGCUACCUGCCUCCUCCAGGCAUUCCCAACCGUAAAAUAAAUAAUACUGCCGGGCCACCAUCUGAUGUUAGAAUUGGUCAAAACUGCUCCGAGAGUGAGAUUCAUGGAGGUGGUGGUGUCCAACCUACACUUGCUGGUACUGGGGAAGGUACAGUCAGGCUAGGAUUUCCUGUGGACCCACGGAAAGUCCUAAUAGUAGCUGGCCACCACAACUGGAUAGUAGCUGCCUAUGCCCAUUUUGCUGUUUGCUACAGAAUCAAAGAGUCAUCUGGGUGGCAGCAGGUGUUCACAAGUCCCUAUCUGGACUGGACAAUUGAGCGAGUGGCUCUCAACGCUAAGGUGGUUGGAGGACCUCAUGGAGACAAGGAUAAGAUGGUUGCAGUUGCCUCAGAGAGCAGCAUAAUCUUGUGGAGCAUUCAAGAUGGUGGUAGUGGCAGUGAAAUUGGAGUGUUCAGUCUUGGAGUCCCUGUAGAUGCUCUCUUCUUCAUUGGCAACCAGUUGGUGGCUACAAGCCAUACAGGGAAGGUGGGAGUGUGGAACGCUGUGACUCAGCAUUGGCAGGUUCAGGAUGUUGUUCCUAUCACAAGCUAUGAUACUGCUGGGUCUUUCCUGCUGCUGGGCUGUAACAAUGGCUCUAUAUACUACAUAGACAUGCAGAAGUUCCCACUGCGAAUGAAAGACAAUGAUCUUCUGGUGACAGAAUUGUACCACGAUCCCUCCAAUGAUGCUAUAACAGCGCUCAGUGUCUACCUCACACCUAAAACAAGUGUAAGUGGCAAUUGGAUUGAGAUUGCGUAUGGCACCAGCUCUGGAGCCGUGAGGGUGAUUGUACAGCACCCUGAAACAGUUGGGUCUGGGCCUCAGCUCUUUCAGACCUUCACAGUUCAUCGAAGUCCUGUUACGAAGAUCAUGCUCUCAGAGAAACACCUUGUUUCAGUUUGUGCUGAUAACAACCACGUACGGACAUGGACUGUGACUCGGUUCCGGGGCAUGAUCUCGACUCAGCCAGGCUCAACACCUCUUGCAUCAUUCAAAAUCUUAUCCCUGGAGGAAGCAGAGAGUCAUGGCAGUUACUGUUCUGGAAAUGACAUUGGACCCUUUGGUGAACGUGAUGAUCAACAGGUUUUUAUCCAAAAAGUUGUUCCCAUCACUAACAAGCUGUUUGUAAGGCUCUCAUCAACUGGGAAAAGGAUCUGUGAGAUCCAGGCAGUUGACUGCACUACUAUCUCCUCAUUUACUGUGCGAGAAUGUGAAGGAUCCAGCAGAAUGGGCUCUCGGCCACGCCGCUACCUCUUCACUGGACAUUCAAAUGGCAGCAUCCAGAUGUGGGACCUGACCACAGCGAUGGACAUGGUUAAUAAGAGUGAAGACAAAGAUGUUGGCGGCCCCACAGAGGAAGAGCUGCUCAAGUUGCUGGACCAAUGUGACUUGAGUACAUCUCGCUGUGCCACACCUAACAUCAGCCCUGCCACCUCAGUUGUUCAGCCAAGCCGGCUGCGGGAAUCUAAUUCCAGCCUCCAAUUGCAGCACCAUGAAACAAUCCCUGAAACAGCCACAUAUGGUUCUGUGCGGCCAUACAGAGAAAGUCCCCUGUUGGCAAGAGCAAGGCGGACAGAGAGCUUCCACAGUUACCGGGACUUCCAGGGUUUUAACUUAACCAGCAAAAGCCCAACAGAAAAGACAGCUGCUGCAAAUGGGAAUUCCAGCCAGCCAGAGGCCAGGAAGGUGACAGCGGAGGGCAGUGUAGCUGAGAAGAAGGCAGUCCUGACCACAGCACUUGAAGCACGAGGCACAGGCGGGACAGAUGCAGGUGGGUGCUGCAGUACAGAGGUUCACAAUCUGCCAGAGUGUUCUCUGGAUCUCAAAAGAAGAGGACCAGAAGAGGAGAGCGAAGCCAAAGUAGAAAGCAAAAAGAAAAUGGGGUUUGAAGGAGCCAGCUUCCUGGGAAGGAAGAAAGUGCCUCUCCUGGCCUCUGCACCAGUCCUUGCUGAAGGUGGGCCUGAAUUACCUGGGGCAGCUUCUCCAUCACCUACGAAGACGGCUGCUUCCCCACGCCACCGUAAGAACGACUCCUCCUGCCAAGACUACGGCCUGUGAAAAUGGGACUGGUGGCAAAGAUAAGGUGGAGGUGCCCUCUGGUUGGUAGCAGGAAUAACAUUAUGUGUUGUGGGUUGUUUCUUGAAUGGGACUUUGUUCUGAUACCCGGAAUGAAAGUUGUAAGGUUAUAAGAAAGUACCUGGCUGCUGCCAAACCUCUGAAGAGUUGUCCACAUCAGUGUGUGGCUUUAUGUAAUGCUCCAAAAUGUAGUACGGUACUUGGUCCAAAAUAUUGUGCAUUCUUGCUUAAACGUGGUCAGGCAUGUGGUAUGUUGUGGUUAUUUCUGUUCUGGGGGAAGGGAGGGUGCUAAAGGAACACGUGGGUGCUCAGUGGAAGAUACCUUUUAGAUGAAGCCACACGUUGUUCUGCAGAGCUGCUGCUGUCUUGUUUUAGGAAUGGGAUCCUUGCUCUGUAUCAUGCUGUCUGAAGUGUUUUGUGCAGGUUAAGGAGGAAGCUAUUCAAAAUAGCAUAUUAUUUUGCCUCUUAGUCCAAAUAAAUCGCCAGAGGAGUGUUGCUUGUGCUUUCUGAAAAUGUGUGGUAUCAGACGAUGGGUUUUGCUGAUUGUGACUGAGAGGAUGAAUAAGAAUACACUUGGUGAAAUACACAGAA